GCGCAUGUCGCGCCCCGUCCCGGUAUCUCCGCGCGGCUCCUCGGGCGGCCGUGCUGGCCGGGGAGGCACCGGUGGGCCUGGGGUGGGCCCGCAGGGUCCCGGGGCCCUGGCUUCCCGCACUGCCGGUUUGACUUAGUGGGACCGGUUAACAUCAAGAGAUGUCAACUCCCCCUCUCGCUGGGGCAGGCAUGCCGCCUGGUGCUUUCUCAGGGACACAGGCUCAGGCAGCUAGGGAGGUAAAUACAGCUUCUCUCUGUCGAAUUGGACAAGAGACUGUGCAGGACAUUGUAUUUCGAACCAUGGAAAUCUUCCAGUUACUGAGGAACAUGCAGUUACCAAAUGGUGUUACUUAUCAUACUGGAACAUAUCAAGACAGACUGGGAAAGCUGCAGGAACAUCUCCGUCAGCUAUCAAUACUCUUCAGAAAACUGAGAUUAGUCUAUGACAAAUGCAAUGAAAACUGUGCUGGGCUCGAUCCUGUUCCCAUAGAACAACUUAUUCCAUAUGUUGAAGAAGAUGGCUCCAAGCAUGAUGAUCGUAGUGCUGCAAGUCAGCUUCGUUUUGCUAGUGAAGAGAGAAGGGAAAUCAUGGAAGUAAAUAAGAAACUGAAACAGAAGAAUCAGCAGCUGAAGCAGAUCAUGGAUCAGUUAAGGAAUCUUAUUUGGGACAUAAAUGCCAUGUUGGCAAUGCGGAACUGAACAAGAAAAAUCAAACUUUGUAACUGGAAAAGAUAUAAAUUUGUUUUCAUAUAUUUAAUCUUUCUAAGAAGUAACAUAUUUUCCCACAAAUGUAUUGCAAUAAUGUUUGAAAAGUCUUGAAGAUUAAAAUGUUGGGGUUUUGUAAUAA